AGACGACAUAUCGUGGUUGCAAAUAACUGUCACCUCUUGAAAUGUUCUGUUUAAUUUGUUUGUCUUGUUAAAAAGUAAAGCCAGCGGAGUUUCACUCCAGUCUUCUUCUCCAGCAAAGCCGCCACCACGACGCUCCAAUCAGGCGCUCAGGUCACUGUUGAAGCUCUCUUUUUAGUCGUUAUAGAGCUACUGCAAUCAAAUUGCAAUUAAUGCCUAGGGUUUUGUUUUUUUCUCCAUUAAUUUAUCCUCGCUUUUGUGCAAGUUCAAGGCCAAUUGUUAGAAUGUCUGCAAUUGAGAGCAAAACGUUUAGUAUAUCUUCUGAAUCCAUGGCUAUAAAGCCUCCUUCACAUCCAACUUACGAUUUGAAUGGUGUCAUUAAACUAGCCCUCGCUGAAGAUGCUGGUGAUCGAGGGGAUGUAACCUGUAUGGCAACUAUUCCAUUUGAUGUGGAAGUGGAAGCACAUUUCUUGGCGAAGGAGGAUGGUGUAGUUGCUGGAAUUGCACUUGCUGAGAUGGUAUUUCAUGAAGUUGAUCCUUCUCUGAAGGUGGAGUGGUCUCAAAAGGAUGGAGAUUAUGUUCGUAAAGGAUUGCAGUUUGGGAAAGUUUAUGGACGGGCGCACAGCAUUGUUGUGGCCGAAAGGGUAGUUCUAAAUUUUAUGCAGCGGAUGAGUGGAAUAGCAACUUUGACAAAGGCAAUGGCUGAUGCUGCAUGCCCUGCAUAUAUUUUAGAGACAAGAAAAACUGCUCCAGGUCUACGUUUGGUGGAUAAAUGGGCGGUACUAAUUGGUGGAGGGAGGAAUCACAGAAUGGGUUUAUUUGAUAUGGUGAUGAUAAAAGAUAAUCAUAUAUCAGCAGCUGGAGGGAUUAAGAAUGCCAUCAGAUCUGUGGAUGAGUAUUUAGAGAAAAGGAAUCUUCAAAUGGAGGUUGAGGUUGAGACAAGGACACUUGAGGAGGUAAAGGAGGUAUUACAUUAUGCCUCUGAAACAAAGACUUCUCUCACCAGGAUAAUGUUGGACAACAUGGUUGUACCUAUAUUAAGUGGAGAUGUUGAUGUAUCAAUGCUGAAAGAAGCCGUGGAAUUGAUAAAUGGCAGAUUUGAGACCGAGGCAUCAGGAAAUGUGACAAUUGAAACGGUUCAUAAAAUUGGACAAACUGGGGUGACCUACAUUUCCAGUGGUGCGCUAACACAUUCUGUCAAAGCACUUGAUAUCUCCCUCAAAAUCGACACAGAUUUAGCACUUCAAGUCGGAAGGCGUACAAAACGAGCAUAAAAUUCUUUUCACAUCACAUAUACUUCUGGGUUUCACAGGAAAAUUCAACAGGCAACACACUUUUGUUCUCCUUUCGGCCACAAUAAGAAAAGAAAAGCAAGAACCUGGUCUUUUACCCCCCAAGGAAAAUUGACAAUUUUUGUACCAUUCAACCUCAUUCCAUUGAAAACAUUCAGGAAUACGUAAGUUUUCGACCCAAUAAUACAAAUUAUCUGUUUUCAUUUUAGCUUUAACUUUCCCCGGAAGCUGAAGCAAAUUGUGUUUAAAAAGUUUACAUUCUAGCAGGCUUACAAGUUACACUUUUCCUGUA